AUGCCAGAUUACUGUCAUGAGGAGAAUUUAAAACAAACAGAGAGUGUUACUAUGCAUGAAGCCAAUAAACAUUAUCCUAAUGAUCCAGGACUAGAUGUAGCUUCACUUAAAAUCAUUGAGUUAUCUAAAAAAAUUAGAGAAUUGAAUGCUUCACUUGUGAGUGAACGAAACAAAUGUAAUAACUUAUAUCAAAUAGUCAGAAAGUUGGAAUCUGAAUCGGUUAACUCAUCAAACAAAAAUGUUCUAUGUAGUUUAUGUAAACAGAACAACAUCACAACGAACGAAAACAUUGAAAACAUAUCAGACGAUGCAGAACAAGAGGAGAAGAAGAACAAGAAGAAAUUAAAGAAGCUAGAAUCUAUUGUUAUGGAAUUACGUCAAAAAAUUCAAACCUUAAAUCAUGAUUUAUUAUUAGCUAAAAAAGUAAUCGAAUCAGAAACUGGUGAACUGAUACCAAAUUUAAAUAGUUGGUUAAUAAAUUUAAAGCUAAAACCCGAUGGAACAUAUGGAAAUUGGCGUGGUCGACAACAACAAAUUAUUGCAUUAAAAAAUCGUAUUACAAAAUUACAAUCACAACUUACUUUAAAAGCUUCUUCUCAUACAGAAAAUUUCAGUUGUAAAGAGACUAUGGAAUAUGAAACAUUUUCUGGUGCAACAUUAUUGGAUAUUCAUUCAUUUCAAGAUAAUAAUGAUGAUAAUAUGACUUUUAAAUCAUCUAAACUGAAUUCCAUCAUUGAACAAAAUGAUUAUAGAACAACUAACCUUAUUCAAUUACAACAUGAUAAGAAACAAUUAGAAGAAGAGAUUAAUUUAACUAAAAAAAAUCUACAAAAAUUAAAUUACAUCAUCACCAUUUAUUACAAGAACAAAAAGAAUUAA